CAAGAUCACUUUUGGGACUGGAAAGUUAAUGAAGCUGUGCAGCUGUGAGGCAUCAAGUGUGCAUGCACAAGUAGGAAAGAAGUUGGCAGAUGAGUUUCCUCAUCCUGGACAUGUGAUAAGGGGAGUGCUGGACUGUGUGCACUCUGUCGGCAAGAGUAUGUGCAUGUCAAGAUCAGAGAGAAGAGCAAGAGGUCCUAGUCGUCUGGAGCUGCACAGAGGCACUGAGGAUGAUGCACUUGGAUGAGUGUUUCCUUUAGAAUCUGGAUAUAUGCAUGAGGGAAACCGCUGAUUCUGGACCAUGACUUUCAAGCAAGGGAAGCAGUGGAGGUCCAUGUGCAAAGGCCUGGUGCUGGGUACCCUCCUUACCAGUUGCAUGAUCCUGUUUUAUUGCCUCUCUUCUCCACAAGUCCACUUCAGUCUGCCUGAGGUUCCAGUGCCUUACUCUUGUGCUCAUCGUCCAUCCCAUUUCCACACCAAACAAGCAAUAAACACCUCACAACAAACCGCUGGGCAAGGCAGUCUGUGCACUCCAAAAGUGGACAUCAUGUUCAUGAAGACCCACAAGACAGCCAGCAGCACCUUUCUCAACAUCCUUUUUCGGUUUGGAGAAAAGCACAGACUCAAAUUUGCCUUCCCUGACAGUAGAAAUGACUUCUUUUACCCUUCUCUUUUCCAGCGCUCACAGGUUAAAGACUACAGACCUGGCAUGUGCUUUAAUAUAAUCUGCAAUCACAUGCGCUUCAAUCCACCUGAGGUGAGCAAGCUGCUGCCUACAGAUACGUCCUAUAUCACUAUUCUGAGAGACCCUGCAGAGCUCUUUGAGUCAUCCUUCCAUUACUUUGGCAAGUUGGUACCUUUUACUUGGAAAAUACCAGCUGAGGAUAAGAUUAAUGAGUUUCUACGUGACCCCCAUUACUAUUUUGAUCCUGAAGGCUUUCACUCUUUCUACCUCAAGAACUUGCUGUUCUUUGAUUUUGGAUAUGACAACACUCUGCCACCCGAUGAUCUGCAGGUAGAUGAAGGAAUCAAAUCCAUCAGUGACCAUUUUCAGCUGAUCAUGUUGGUGGAAUAUUUCGAGGAAUCGCUAGUCUUACUCAAGGACAUUCUUUGCUGGGAGAUGGAUGAUCUACUCUUCUUCAAGCUCAAUGCUCGCAAGGGAUCAACUGUAUCAAGACUUACACAAGAACUCAGGGCAAAAGCCCUUGAGUGGAAUGCCAUUGACUGGAAGUUAUACCAGCAUUUCAAUGAAACAUUUUGGAAGAAGGUGGAUACGUACGGACGGCAGAGAAUGGCUAAAGAUGUGGCAGAACUCAGGAGAAGGAAUGCAGAGAUGGCAUCUAUCUGCAUUGAGGGUGGUCAUGCUGUGGAUGCAGGCAGUAUUGAAGAGACAGCCAUGAAGCCUUGGCAGCCCAUUGGAGAAAACUCCAUAAUGGGCUACAAUCUGAAGAAGAAUGUGGACAAGGCACAUCGGAAGCUCUGCCGUAAGAUGUUGAUGCCUGAAAUUCAGUAUCUAACUGAGCUAGGGGUUAACCUCUGGAUCACCAAAUUGUGGGGCCAUAUCCGAGAUAUCAUUAACUGGUGACUUAUUAGACUGUGAAAGAGAACAAAUUUAUGAACAGUUAAUCUAAGAUUGAGUGGUUUCUGCUUGUUACUGUUUUGUAUUCAUUGCAAUCGUAUGUCCUGACUCCUAUUUUGAUUUUAUUUAAAUUAUUCUGUGACAUGUUUGGAUUUCAUGUGUUUGCCUGCUGUAAUGUACCUGAUGAGUCAAGUCAGGUCUAAGAGCAUACACUACUGUUGAUGCACAUGCCAAUCCACCACCUGACACAGCCACCCUGGCAACCAUCUAUAUAAACUGAUGGUCCAUUACUAUCC